ACUGCAAGCAGGAGAAGUGCCCCCUAGUGGCAGAUGACUGCGCUUUGGUGGUGAAACAGACUGGAGCAUGCUGCGAAAGAUGCAAAGCUCUGAGUUUCUCCAGCGCUGGUUUGGUUCGUCACUGGAAGUGACCGAAAGAAAGAAAUGUCUGAGGUCACGCUGGACAGAACGCAUAUCUUCACAGCAGGGGUGCAGUCUUUUCUUUGUGAUCUGCUUCUCUCUUUCUCCUUUUUAUUGUUACGAGUCAGGGGUUUAUUAAGGAUGCCUGGGCUGUUUUUACGUCAAGACAUAGGUUUUGUUAGUUUUGAAUGGAAAAAUCCCAGUCAUCAUCUUUUGUGUUGUUCCUGCGUUUACUCCAAAGCUCAUGGCUCCACGCUGUUUCCUUUCAUUCAGGGCCAUAUUGGAUUCGUUUUAUGUGUAACGUUGCAAGGGUAACAUUGGGAGGGAAGAUGGACGAAGGGUGUGAGAGGACACAGGGCACGUGAGGCUCCGGAGGGCUUACUGUAAAGCCCCAGACAUUUCAACAUGGAUCAGGGUUUCCAUCUCCACAGUAGUGACUUAAUGUGUUUUCUGUUCAAACUAUGCAGCACUGAGAAUUCCAGGAGAUCAGUGGUGUGCUUUUCAGAGUUAGAAUUCAUUUCUCUCUCUCUUUUAUUUUUUAGGCUGUCACCUGGAAGGAAAGUCUUAUAACAGCUCAUAUUCAUGGACGACCCCGACCAAACCGUGCAUCACACGCCGGUGUCAGGAAGGUGUAAUAACCGAGGCGGAAAUGCAGUGUGUGGUUCCCUGCAAGAACCCCAAAAUCCAUCCCAAGAAAUGCUGCCCUUCCUGCCCAGGCUGUAUUUUUGAAGGUCGCCUAUAUAAAGAGAGAGAAGAGUUUCACCCUGAGGGGAAGCCCUGCAUCAAAUGCAUGUGCACUGGAAGCCGAACGAUGUGCCAUAGGGAGGUUUGUCCUGUUCUGUCUUGCCCAUCCCAUCUGAGCCACACCCCUCCAGGCCAGUGUUGUCCCAGGUGCCAGGGUCAGAGGAAGGUGUUUGACCUGUCCCUGGGAAGCUGCUUAUUCCACAGUGAGGUGUUUGAGAAUGGCACGUCCUUCUGCUUGGAUAACUGUACAACGUGCACCUGUCUGGACUCCACAGUGGUGUGUAGGAAACGCUGCUCUCCAGCAGGAAGCUGCCAGAGUGACCAGUGCUGCCCCGAGUGUCUCUCUUACCUGAAGACGGAGGACAUCAAAUACUGCAGGGUCAGAAACAAGAUCUAUAGGGAUGGGGAUCGUUGGUCGUCUGUGAACUGCACAUUAUGUACCUGUGUAAAGGGGAACAUUGAGUGUCAGCUUAAACACUGUGUGCCAGUCACCAGCUGCCCUGCGAAUAAGAUACUGAACCGGACUGGCUGCUGCCCUGUUUGCACUGAAAAGCCAGGUGUGUGUACGGUAUUCGGCGACCCCCAUUACAACACGUUCGACGGACGCACUUUUAACUUCCAGGGAACAUGUCAGUACGUUCUGACCAAGGACUGCACAUCAGCAAGUGGCUUCACCGUAUUGGUAAAGAAUGACGCACGGAAAACACGCUCGUUCUCCUGGACCAAGUCAGUGGAGCUGCGUAUGCCGGGGAUGACCGUGAGCCUGCACCAGCACUUAACAGUGCGGCAGAACGGCACACGCGUCGCCCUGCCUUUCCACAGCACCGGCGUCCACAUCGACCUUGACGGCUACCUGCUGAAACUCACCACCAUCGUAGGUCUGGAGAUCACAUGGGAUGGUGACAGUCUGGUGGAGGUGGUGGCUGCUCCUCACCUGAAGAAUCGACUCUGUGGUCUGUGCGGUAACUAUAACGGUCACAGGCGGGACGACUCAGUGGGCAGUGAUGGCCAGUUCAAGUACGAUGUGGACGAGUUUGCAGAUUCAUGGCGUGUGGAUGGUAAUGAAGUGUGUGAGCAGCCUCCCCGCAGGCCCACACCGUUCCUCUGCCCCGGCUCAGUCAAGGUGAAGCUCCGUGCCCACCGCUCCUGCCACAAACUCAAAUCCUGGGAGUUCCAGAAAUGCCACUCUGUGGUCGACUUCGCCCCCUUCUAUAGGUCCUGUGUUACAGACAUGUGUGAGUGCCCAGUUCAUAAGAACUGCUACUGCGAGUCUUUUAUCGCCUACAGCCGGGCGUGUGAGAGAGAGGGAGUGCUUGUGCUCUGGAGGCCUCAAGUGUCUUGUUUGACCACGCAAUGCAAACAUGGUGCUGUGUACGACACCUGUGGUCCUGGCUGCACCAAAACCUGUGACAACUGGAACGAAAUUGGCCCGUGCCACAGACCCUGCGUGGCCGGCUGCCAUUGCCCGGCUAACCUGGUGUUCAGCCAGGGCCGCUGCAUUAGACCCAUGUCCUGCCCUGGCCGGUGACCCGAGUGACGCCGGCGACCCUGCAGACCACACCGCAUGCAGGCGAGAGGCCAAAGACACACAAAAAACCCUCUCAGUGGGGCCAUAUCAUUUGUGAGACCAUGUUACUCUUCACGCAUUGGGAGAAUGGGACAGGACGAGGGUGAGCCCUGACGUCCUUGUACAGACUGAGCCGGUGUCAGAGAACCUCGUCCCAUCCCAUUUACUGCAUGGACGUGUGAGUGAGCAGCUCGUGUUCAGUUUGGGACACAUUGAACCGUCAACUGGAUCAAACAAAGACAUUAAAAAAAGGACUUGUACAAAAUGCUAAAUUUUAUUAACGUUGACUUAAAUGGAACUAUUUAUGUAUUUACUUUGUUCAUUUAGACGUGUUUAUUUUGUAUAUGCUGUGCCUGCAAAGAAGCACUAACAAACACGACUGUUUAAAGCUCACAGAGAAAAGUACUGUAUUGUUAAAAAGCCUGUAACUUUGCGGCUGUGUGUUGGUAUGCGUGAACUUUCUGUAAAUCUAACUUGCCGAAAAAGAAAUUAUUUAUGAAAAACACACAUCCUCUGAAAGAAACGAGCCGUCAUCUUGAUGUGGGUGUGGAGGAAGCGUGGAAAGCACCAGGGCCGCUGUCCCGGCUCAUAAGGAAGGACAAAAAGACGGCUGGUUUGCCCCUAUGGUGGCAAAUUUGAAUUAGUGGCUUCCCUUAUUUAAAAUGUGUGCCUGAUUAUCUUGUUGUGAAUAAACAAUAAAAGAAUUAUUCAGAUUGUUAA